AUGACCGUAGUGAAGUUAAAAAGGUCUAAGACUGAGGAGUCCUCCGAAGAACCCUCUCAGACUAAGAAAAAGAUUAAAAUUAAGACAAAAUUGAAUGAGGAUAACACAAAGGUUAUACCUAAGAUAAAGAUAAAUUUGAAAAAGGAGAAUCAUGUAACUUCCAAUAAUAUUGUUAAGAAGGCAGGUCCAAUAAAAAUAAAACUAAAUUUAAAGAAGAAAGAAGAAAAUAAUAGUGGAAUCAAAGUGAAAAGACAUGAACCAAGAGUACGAGUUAAAGCAAUUCGUAUUCCUGGUGAAGGAUAUGAUUCAGAAGAUUCAGAUGUUGAGAGUGACCCUUUAAUUGAAUCCGGUAUUAUACUAAGGGUUGUACCCGAUACACAAGUGGAUUUUGUCAAAAAUUCUAUCGAAGCUGGUGAUUAUUCAGGUAUAGGUAUUAAAUGGGUCACAGAUAGACAUGCAGUGGUAAUGAUUAAUGGUUACAUGUAUGGUGCUAUCCUCGUUGAUCUACCUACUAUCAUUGAAGUCAAUAAAAGUGUGGAUAGAAAAAAUCUUUUAAAGACCUUUGAUAUUAGCCAAAUGUUGCUGUGCAUCAGGACGAUUGAUAAAGAGGAGGAAGUAUUUGAUUUACAAGUACCUGAUACUGAAGAUCUCGUUAGUAAUCAUUAUGAAGACAUCAUACAGGAGAUCCAUAGAGAAAAAAUCAAGUUACUAAGGCAGCAUUUAAGUCAUGGGAACCAUGAUAUGACCCCUCAACAAAUUGACAAAAUUGCAGUAAAAUCAUACGAUUAUAAGCAUGGGUUGACUGCACCAUUAUAUAAUGUUAGAAAUCGUAGAUUUAGAAGGAAAAUGAAUUCGGUAGAAUUCGAAUAUGUGGAGAAUGUAGUAGAAACACUUUUAAAUGAGGAUGAUAAAGCUGAAGAGGUCACAUUCGAAUUAAUUACUGAAGAAGAAAUAAAUACAAAGCCAUUACCAUUGACUUCACAGAGUCAUUUGAAUCUCUCAUCUCAACAGCAAAUGGACUCUUUGACUAUUAAAACGAGUCCACCAUUAUCAACUAAUAUUUCAAACAACUCAGAUAGUAAUUUGGAAAAGCGUGAAACUACAGACAAAGGUGAGAAUAUAGAAGAAGAAGAAAAAGAGGAAGAAGAGGAUGAUGAUGAAUUGGAUCUUGAAGCUGCAUUUGAAAGUGACGAGGAUGAUGAUGAAGCGAAAAAUUUACAAGAAAAAUUAAAGAAUCAAAACGAGGUUACUUCUAAUACUGAAAAUAAGGUUACUAGAGAGGGAGAAGAUUUAAUUGAAGGGUCUGCUGCUGAAGAAGGUAUGGUGGAAGAAGAUGAAUCUGAAGAAGACGAGGAUGAAGAAGAUGAAGAGGAAGAAGAUGAAGAAGAAGAAGAUGAUGAUGAUGAUGAUAAUGAAUUAGGAGGAAGACGAAAUGAAAAGAGACAACAUAUUGAAUUGUUAGAAGACGAAUUAAAAGAAUUGGAAAGUACAUUAACGCAAACAAUACGUAAAGUAGAAAAGGCUACUAAUCCAUUGUUAAAAUCGAGAUUUGUGGAAAGUAUUAAAAAACUUGAGAAAGAAGUUGAAUUGAAGAAGAAACAGUUGAAAGCAAAUGAAGAAUCAAUACAGUAUAGUUCGAAGAUUGAAGAAGACUCAACUAAUAAUGAUGAUGAAAGUCAAACACAUAUCGAUAAUAAGCAGCAAGAACAGUCCAAUAAUGAUGGAGAGGAAGAUGAUGAUGAUGAUGAUGAUAUCGAUGAUGACGAUGACGUCGAACCAGAUGAAGAUGAGGAAGAGGAGGAGGAGGAAUCUUUAGAGGAUAAUAAUAGAGAUGCUGGACAAGAACAAACAAAUAACAUGGAAAAUAAUGCAGAUCUAGAGAAUCAAGAUGAAUCAUUAGAUCAGAAUGAUCUGGACAUGAUGAUGCUGUUUGGAGCUGAGGCAGAAGAAGAUGAAGAGUAA